UUUUUUUUGUUUAUUCAUAGCUAUACUCUCAAAUCAUCUCCUCAAACUCCCUCACAUACACUUUCUCGCUCCUUUCCUUUCCCCCUCACCAGUCAACCAUACUCACUUGAUAGAGACAUUCAUUAUAGGCACCACAAUAGGUUCACAACUUCAUGUCGAAUUUCAAUCCUCCACCCACGGACAACCUUGACCACUGUGGCAGAAACGGUUGUCCUAGUGGUCAAGCCUGUUUCCUCUAUACUGGAGGCACUCUUUGUCAACCCUACACCAUCCCUGAAGCCUAUCCUCCCACAGGAGCCAAUCCCACUAUAGUCGAUCCUCCUGGAUGGUACCUCGUCAACUCCUAUCCUUCCGUUCGUUAUACAGGCUCUCUAGUCAACCAAACCCAAGGAGCCAACUGUACAACCAUUCCAGUACCUCCCAAUCAACUCUUUGUCAAACUCGUGGGCCUUAUUGCUCAAUGGGAUCUUGGAGGUAUCUUCACCAACUUUGAUCAAGAUUAUUCAUCCACUCUGGUUCAAUUCCGAGGCAAUUGUGCAGAGAAUUUCUAUUGUCAGCCCUCUGUACCGACGGCGGUUAAGCCGAUUCUUUAUCGAGGUCAACCUAUCGACGUCCCUGGUCAAUUACCUGGUACCUGUCAAAUGUUGAAACCAGAGAAUGAAGUCUGUCAGGCCUCUAAUAUGUGUAUAGGUUGGCAUGUUAACUCAGAUGGAACGUAUGAGAAUGAUCAGACUCGAUGUAUCCUUCAAGGUUCCAACAGCCCAAAUGCCACCACUGGACCUUUAGGAUUCUGUAAAAAUGUCAAUGCGGGCAGAGGACGAGUCGAUCCCAAUCAAGGCUCCAAGGAGGUCCAAAGAACUGCAAGGACUUAUCUGUUGUCAACCUUGCUGUUGUUCUUAUUGGUCAUCUUGUAUCUCUGGUAUCGUCGAGCAAAACAUCGUCAACGGGAACAACAACGUCAACAGGCCACGGAUCUUAACGGAGAUGAUAGCGCUUACUAUAAUGAAAAUGAUUCAGAUGCCUACUUGCGUCAAGGAGGAGGAGGAGUCUAUCGACCAUCAGAUGGGACUGAUAAUGGGGAAUUACCUGCGUAUGGACAACAUCGAAGGGAUGAAAGAAUUGUGGGACCAGCAGCGGAGGAAAUUGGGAUGUAUGCAUUUCCGACUCAACCACCACCACCAUUGACGCCCAACAGCCCAUAUGGUCCACCGCCUACACCACCACCACCAAUCUCAUCAUCAUCACAUCCAUAUACAGAUUCGGGUGCUGCAUAUUCAAGUCGGCCUGUUCAACAUAGUUAUCCGUUUCCCAUGACACAUCCUCAACUCAACACCGCUUUAAAUCAUCAUGGUCACGGUCCUUCACCUGUAUCAUUACCAACAGGAGGGGCGUUGUAUGCGCCACCUUCAUCCGAUCCUCCACCAUUGACAUCACAACAAGCUGAAGCAGCAGCUUUAUCUGCUGCCAUUGCUGCUGCUGCUGCUGCAACAACGACGACGACAACAACAACGACACCGACAGCAGCAGUAGCAGGAGCAGCAACAAUACCAAGGAGUGGAAGCCCUUUACCCCCUGCUUACGAACCUUCAUCUCCAUUAAAUCAAUCUUCAGUCAAUGGUAAUGCUAAUGGAAAUGGCAAUAACAAUGGCAAUGGCAUUGAAGGUGCGACGCCUACUAUACCACCAAACCCUUUAUCACCUGGAGCACCCAUCGGAGUAACAAUGAGUAUAACAGAAACAGGAUCAGAGACAACAAUAACAGCAACAGCAACAGCCGCAGGAACAACAGAAACAGCAACGAAGCCAGGAACACCAGAAGAAGCAACCACGUUAGAAAACAGAGAUGAUGAGAAACAAGGUCGUGAUGGUGUGGUCAUUGUUAAUGAUGAUCCAUUAUCAUUAGGAGGAUCGUCCUCUUCCACAGCUGCAAAUUCUCCAUAUUUACCUUGUAAAAAAGAAAACACUGCGCUUGAUGAUGAUGAUGAUGGGACUUCAACCUCCACCUCUGCUUCUGACUCUGGUCCUGGUCCUGGUCCUGGUCUUGCCUCUGGUCCUAGCCCUGGUUCUGGGUCUGGAGCCGAGUCAAUAGCGCCAGCGAGACCAGACUCAACACCCAAAAAAUGAUUUGUCGAUUGUGAUACCAGAAGAGAUUUAGAUUUUCAUCUUCCGUUUUUGUGUUAUUGAUUUCCCUGCUCCCCUACUUUCAUACCCUUUUAUUCUUAACAAAUCUAGUUUCAUUCUUGC